UGGUGCGCUGGCCCUUUAAGAGGCGGAGCUAAGUGCUGGGAAUACACGUCACUUUCAGGACUUGCACACUUUGAGAUCAAUGAGCUGGAGGGAGGAAGGGGGGAUCUUCACUUCUGCCUUUUUUUUUUAGUUUCUCUCUUCCAGGAAGGAAAACAAAAAAACCAACAACCAAACAAACAAACAAACAACCUUUGGAAACCCCAAAACCCCCAGAAAUUACCCCAAACAAGACCUGCAAAACACUAAGAAGAAAAAAAAGCAACAGCUUCUUCUGCCUCUUCCUCUGCACUGCAAGGCUCAGUACUACUCUAGAUGACUGCAUCAGCACCCUGGGGUACAAUGUGCUAAAUUCUGGGAGCCAAGGGGGGACAGGGGCACCCACUCUUUGCCCCCUCCCCCCUUUUACCACCCUACAAACAGGGACUACCACUCCUGGCCAUGUCUUCUGCACAGUGUUGCAUUAAGCAGGAGCAAACUUCCUUCUCGCCUCCCGAAAGCCCAGCGCGGAACUGCCACCCGUCCUCUCCGUCGGUACUCCAUGCCCCUGCGCCGCGCUCUUACAGGAUGGAAGAGGACGCAGUCAGGCUGCCGGCACACCUGCGUCUUCCUCCUGCACACUGGAGCAGGGAGGACGUCUCCCAGUGGCUGAGAUGGGCAGAGAUCGAAUUUUCUCUGCACCCCAUAGAGAGCAACACUUUCGAGAUGAACGGGAAAGCCCUGCUGCUCCUCACCAAGGAAGACUUCAGAUACCGCUGUCCCCACUCCGGGGACGUUCUGUACGAGGUUCUGCAGCACAUCCUGAAGCAGAGGAAGUCGCGAGCGAUCCAGUCCACCAUCUUUCAUUCAGGAAACUCUCUACAUACUCAUCCUGAGGUCCUUCUUCCCCAAAACCACCACAAUGAUCAUCACCCGCAAAGGCCUUCAAGGACACCCUCCGAUGCUCUCCCGCAGAACACAGCCACUAUAGAGCUGCUCCACCGCUCCCGCUCACCGAUGAACACGAACCACCACCAUUCUCCCGAUCAAGAGACACGCCCACUACGCUCCCCUCUGGAUACCAACCUCCGCCGUCCGUCCCCCGCGGAACGUCUGCAUCGCUUGCAAAGUGAAACCAACCAUCACGUUCAGGACCCCUACCCGCUCUCCGUGUCUCCCGCCGAAGCCAACCACUGCCCCGUGGACCCUAUCAACAAAGCUAGUAGCCCAAGACAAGACACCCAGCGGGUCAUUCAACUCAUGCCAAGCCCCAUCAUGCACCCGCUUCUUCUAAACCCGCGGCACGCCAUGGAAUUCAAGCAACCGAGGCUGGGGGCAGACGAUGGCCAACAGCGUGAAGGCAAACCCAUGAAUCUGUCCCAUCGGGAGGAGAUGGCGUACAUGAACCCCAUUAUGGUGUCCGUGUCCCCUCCAGACGAGCAGGCCAUGCCCAUUGGCAGAAUAGCAGACUGCCGGCUGCUGUGGGAUUAUGUGUACCAGCUCCUGUCCGACAGCCGAUACGAGAAUUUUAUCCGCUGGGAGGAUAAGGAGUUGAUGGUUUUCCGGAUCAUCGACCCCAACGGACUGGCGCGUCUCUGGGGCAAUCACAAGAACAGAACAAAUAUGACAUACGAGAAGAUGUCUCGUGCUCUCCGCCAUUACUACAAACUGAACAUAAUCCGUAAGGAACCCGGACAGAGGCUGCUCUUCAGAUUCAUGAAGACGCCUGAUGAGAUUAUGAGCGGCCGGACAGACCGCCUCGAACAUCUGGAAUCGCAGGAACUAGAUGAGCAGAUGUAUCAAGAGGAUGAAUGCUGAAGGUCGCGUCCUCGGCUCGGUACCCGAAGUGAAAGGUGGAUGAAUGAGACGCGAGGAUGUAGCGGGAGGAUGAACGCCAAAGGCUGUCCUCUCCACUGGGGCAAAAAAAACCAAAA